AUUGCUCUCCCUAUAUAUUGGAGCCCCGUGGAGACGCAUCUCCUCACCGACGUGGUCCGGGCAGCAGCAUGCAGGCAGAAUCAGCUCCUUCCAUUCCCCACCAGAAGAUGACAUCCAGCACAGCCUCCAGCUCUGCCCGGUGUGGAGCGUGCGGUCCCGGCUAUGCCUCUCCCCUGGACGCCAUGAAAGGUCCGCGGGAGGAGAUUGUGUACGUGCCCUGCAUCUACAGGAACACCGGCAGGGGGAAACCCGACUUUCUGGCCACUGUGGAUGUUGACCCCAAAUCUCCGCACUACAGCCAGGUGAUCCACCGCCUGCCCAUGCCCAACCUGGGGGAUGAGCUGCACCACUCGGGCUGGAACACCUGCAGCAGCUGCUUUGGGGACACCACCAAGAAGAGGAACCGCCUGAUCCUCCCCAGCCUGAUCUCCUCCCGCAUCUAUGUGGUGGAUGUGGGGACCGAUCCCCGAGCUCCCAGGCUCUUCAAGGUCAUCAAUCCGGAGGACGUCUUCUGGCAGUGUGACCUGGGCUACCUGCACACCUCCCACUGCCUGGGCAGCGGAGAGGUGAUGAUCAGCACGCUGGGAGACCCGGCCGGCAAUGGGAAAGGUGGCUUCGUUCUGUUGGAUGCAGAGACCUUCGACAUCAAGGGGAACUGGGAGAAGGGCGACAAGAACCCGCCGAUGGGUUACGACUUCUGGUACCAACCGCGCCACAACGUCCUGAUCAGCACGGAGUGGGGAAUCCCCAAGUGCCUGGGAUACGGGUUUAACCCAAAUGACCUGAAGAAAGGGCGCUACGGCCGCCGCCUGAACGUGUGGGACUGGACGACCCACACCUACGUGCAGGCCAUUGACGUGGGUGAGGAUGCAGCACCGCUGGAGAUUCGCUUCCUGCACAACCCCGACGCGGCCGAGGGCUUCGUGGGCUGCACCAUCAGCAGCGCCAUCCACCGCUUCUACAAGACGGAGUGUGGUGACUGGGCAGCUGAGAAGGUGAUCCAGGUCCCUAGCAAGAAGGUGGAGGGCUGGCUGCUCCCGGAUAUGCCAGGCUUCAUCACCGACAUCCUCAUCUCGCUGGACGACAGGUUCCUCUACUUCAGCAACUGGAUACACGGAGAUGUCCGCCAGUAUGACAUCUCUGACACCCGCAGGCCCAGGCUGGUAGGACAGGUCUUUGUGGGGGGCAGCAUCUCCAAGGGAGGGCCCGUGGUCGUGCUCAGAGAUGAGGAGCUGCAGAGCCAGCCGGAGCCCUUUGUCAUCCAGGGCAAGAAGGUGCCGGGGGGCCCUCAGAUGAUCCAGCUCAGCCUGGACGGGAAGCGGCUCUACGUCACCACGUCGCUGUACAGCGCCUGGGACCGACAGUUCUACCCCGACCUCAUCAGGGACGGCUCCGUCAUGCUGCAGAUCGACGUGGACACGGAGAGGGGCGGUUUGAGCGUCAACCGCGACUUCCUGGUGGAUUUCGGGAAGGAGCCGGGAGGGCCCUGCAUGGCACACGAGAUGCGCUACCCCGGUGGGGAUUGCACCUCUGACAUUUGGGUUUAGGGCCGCCCGCCGCCACCUCCCAUUGACGGGUGCUGCCCCACAGCGGUGCUGAGGGCACAGCUGGAUAAAGAAGCUCGAGGUCCACAGCUGUGCUCACCCAAAAGCUUCCUGUGCCCCACACAAUGCAUCCCAUUCCCUACACCCCACAUCCUCUAUCUUGCAUUUUGCACCCCGUAUCCCAUGCCCCACAUCCCACACCUGCAUCCCAGCCCACCCUGCAGCCCUGGGGUCCCCCCGUGCCAACAGA